GCCCCGAGCACCCUGAGCCUUGGCGCCGCCUCCGCCACCGCGCGAGGUUCCCCAGAGUCUCCGAGGACGUCGCGUUGCUGGUGGCCCUUUCUGGUGCCUGUGACGGGGCUGCCCGCGAGCAGAUGACGAGGACUGGCCUUUAAUCUUCGGUGGCCGUCGAGAGGGAGCUUAUCCGGACGACCACCGCUAUGUCGGGGUCCACGCAGCCCGUGGCACAGACGUGGAGGGCCACCGAGCCCCGCUACCCACCCCAUGGCAUCUCCUACCCGGUGCAGAUCGCCCGGUCCCACACGGACGUCGGGCUGCUCGAGUACCAGCACCACCCCCGCGACUACGCCGCGCACCUGUCACCGGGCUCCAUCCUGCAGCCGCAGAGGCGGCGGCCCUCCCUGCUGUCCGAAUUCCAGCCGGGGAAUGAAAGGUCCCAGGAGCUUCACCUGCGACCCGAGUCCCACUCGUACCUGCCCGAGCUAGGCAAGUCGGAGAUGGACUUCAUCGACAGCAAGCGCCCUCGCCUCGAGCUGCUGCCUGACCCCCUGCUGCGGCCCUCGCCCCUGCUGGCCGCUGGCCAGCCCGGGGGCUCUGAGGACCUGUCCAAGGACCGUAGCCUGACGGGCAAGCUGGAGCCCGUGUCUCCCCCUAGCCCCCCGCAUGCCGACCCUGAGCUGGAGCUGGUGCCUCCGCGCCUCUCCAAGGAGGAGCUGAUUCAGAGCAUGGACCGGGUGGACCGUGAAAUCACCAUGGUGGAGCAACAGAUCUCCAAGCUGAAGAAGAAGCAGCAACAGCUGGAGGAGGAGGCCGCCAAGCCGCCCGAGCCCGAGAAGCCCGUGUCGCCGCCGCCCAUCGAGUCGAAGCAUCGCAGCCUGGUGCAGAUCAUCUACGACGAGAACCGGAAGAAGGCGGAAGCAGCACACCGGAUUCUGGAAGGCUUGGGGCCGCAGGUGGAGCUGCCCUUGUACAACCAGCCCUCCGACACCAGACAGUAUCAUGAGAACAUCAAAAUAAACCAGGCGAUGCGGAAAAAGCUGAUCUUGUACUUCAAGAGGAGAAACCACGCCCGUAAACAAUGGGAGCAGAAGUUCUGCCAGCGCUAUGACCAGCUCAUGGAGGCUUGGGAGAAGAAGGUGGAGCGCAUCGAGAACAACCCCCGGCGGCGGGCCAAGGAGAGCAAGGUGCGCGAGUACUACGAGAAGCAGUUCCCCGAGAUCCGCAAGCAGCGCGAGCUGCAGGAGCGCAUGCAGAGCAGGGUGGGCCAGCGGGGCAGCGGGCUCUCCAUGUCGGCCGCCCGCAGCGAGCACGAGGUGUCCGAGAUCAUCGACGGCCUCUCGGAGCAGGAGAGCCUGGAGAAGCAGAUGCGGCAGCUGGCCGUGAUCCCGCCCAUGCUGUAUGACGCCGACCAGCAGCGCAUCAAGUUCAUCAACAUGAACGGGCUCAUGGACGACCCCAUGAAGGUGUACAAGGACCGCCAGGUCAUGAACAUGUGGAGCGAGCAGGAGAAGGAGACCUUCCGGGAGAAGUUCAUGCAGCACCCCAAGAACUUCGGUCUGAUCGCAUCUUUCCUGGAGAGGAAGACCGUGGCCGAGUGUGUCCUCUAUUACUACCUGACCAAGAAGAAUGAGAACUACAAGAGCCUGGUGAGGCGGAGCUACCGGCGCCGCGGGAAGAGCCAGCAGCAGCAGCAGCAGCAGCAGCAGAUGCCCCGGAGCAACCAGGAGGAGAAGGAGGAGAAGGAGAAGGAGGCCGAGAAGGAGGAGGAGAGGCCGGAUGUGGAGAAUGACAAGGAGGAGCUGAGCAAGGAGAAGACGGAUGACACCUCUGGGGAGGACAACGAUGAAAAGGAGGCAGUGGCCUGCAAAGGCCGCAAAACCGCCAACAGCCAGGGGCGCCGCAAAGGCCGCAUCACCCGCUCGAUGGCCAAUGAGGCCAACAGCGAGGAGGCGGCCACCCCCCAGCAGAGCGCCGAGCUGGCCUCCUUGGAGAUGAGCGAGAGCUCCCGCUGGACCGAGGAAGAGAUGGAGACCGCCAAGAAGGGUCUCCUGGAGCACGGCCGGAACUGGUCGGCCAUCGCCCGCAUGGUGGGCUCCAAGACGGUGUCCCAGUGUAAGAACUUCUACUUCAACUACAAGAAGAGGCAGAACCUGGAUGAGAUCCUGCAGCAGCACAAGCUGAAGAUGGAGAAGGAGAGGAACGCGCGGAGGAAGAAGAAGAAAGCCCCAGCCGCCGCCAGCGAGGAGGCCACCUUCCCACCCGUGGUAGAGGAUGAGGAGAUGGAGGCCUCAGGUGUGAGCGGCAACGAGGAGGAAAUGGUGGAGGAGGCAGAAGCCUCACACGCCUCUGGGAACGAGGUGCCCAGAGGGGAAUGCAGUGGCCCAGCUGCCGUCAACAACAGCUCUGACACCGAGAGCAUCCCCUCGCCCCACACCGAGGCCGCCAAGGAGGCCGGGCAGAACGGGCCCAAGCCCCCGCCCGCCCAGGGCACCGAUGCGCCGCCCCCGGAGCCGCCCACCCCACCGCCGGAGGACGCCCCAGCCCCCACCGAGCCUGCCCCAGCCCCGGAAGCCGCCGGCCCGCCCACACCCCUACCGGCACCCCCCGUGCCCGCAGCGCCCCCUCCGGUGGUCCCCAAGGAGGAGAAGGAUGAAGAGGCUGCAGUGGCAGCCCCGGCGGCGGAGGGGGAGGAGCAGAAGCCUCCUGUGGCCCAGGAACUGGCCGCGGACAUAGGCAAGAAGGAGGAGCCAGACGAGGCGCCCCCGGCGGAACCCAUCAAGACCGAGUGCAAGGAGGAGGCCUCGGGCGAGGGGCCCGACAAGGUCAAGGGGGCUCCGGAGGCCGGCGCCGAGCCUGCGCCCGAGGGGGCGCUCAAGGUGGAGAAGAAGGAGGGUGGCGGAGGCCCUGGAGGGAAAGCUCUCUCGGCCAAGGGCUCAGGCGCCCCCCAGGACAGUGACUCCAGUGCCACCUGCAGCGCCGACGAGGUGGACGAGCCCGAGGGGAGCGACAAGAACAGGCUGGUGUCGCCGCGUCCCAGCCUCCUCUCCCCGACUGGCGACACCAGGGCCAACGCCUCACCCCAGAAGCCGCUGGACCUGAAGCAGCUGAAACAGCGCGCGGCCGCCAUCCCCCCCAUCCAGGUCACCAAAGUCCACGAGCCCCCCCGGGAGGACACAGCUCCCCCUAAGCCAGCUCCCCCUGCCCCGCCGCCGCCGCAGCACCUGCAGCCGGAGAGCAGCACCCCCCAGCAGUCCAGCAGCAGCCCCCGAGUCAGGAGCAGGAGCCCUGUGCCUCCCGCCGAGAAAGAGGAGAAGCCCGUGUUCUUUCCGGCCUUCGCAGCAGAGGGUCAGAAGCUGCCCACGGAGCCCCCGUGCUGGACGUCGGGCCUGCCCUUCCCCGUGCCCCCUCGCGAGGUGAUCAAGGCCUCCCCGCAUGCCUCUGACCCCUCGGCCUUCUCCUACGCGCCUCCCGGUCACCCGCUGUCCCUGGGCCUCCACGACAGCACCCGGCCUGUCCUGCCGCGCCCUCCCACCAUCUCCAACCCCCCACCCCUCAUCUCCUCCACCAAGCACCCUGGUGUCCUUGACAGGCAGGGACUGUCGGUGCAGCUCCACAUCCCGUACUCAGAGCAUGCCAAGGUCCCCGUGGGCCCCGUCACCAUGGGGCUGCCCCCCGCCAUGGACCCCAAGAAGCUGGCGCCCUUUAGCGGGGUGAAGCAGGAGCAGCUGUCCCCACGGGGCCAGGCUGGGCCACCAGAGAGCCUGGGGGUGCCCACGGCCCAGGAGACAUCCGUGCUGAGAGGGACGUCCCUGGGCUCGGUUCCAGGAGCAAGCAUCAGCAAGGGUGUCCCCGGCACACGGGUGCCUGCCGAGAGCCCCAUCACCUACCGCGGCUCCAUCACCCAUGGCACUCCGGCUGACGUCCUGUACAAGGGCACCAUCACCAGGAUCAUCGGCGAGGACAGCCCGAGCCGCCUGGACCGCGGUCGGGAGGACGGCCUGCCCAAGGGCCAUGUCAUCUACGAGGGCAAGAAGGGCCACGUCCUGUCCUACGAGGGUGGCAUGUCUGUGUCUCAGUGCUCCAAGGAGGACGGCAGGAGCAGCUCGGGACCUGCCCACGAGGCGGCGGCCCCCAAGCGCACCUACGACAUGAUGGAGGGCCGCGUCGGCAGGGCCAUCACCUCAGCCAGCAUCGAAGGUCUCAUGGGCCGAGCCAUCCCCCCUGAGCGACACAGCCCCCACCACCUCAAAGAGCAGCACCACAUCCGCGGCUCCAUCACGCAAGGGAUCCCACGGUCCUACGUGGAGGCCCAGGAAGACUACGUGCGCCGGGAGGCCAAGCUCCUGAAGCUGGAGGGCACGCCCCCGCCGCCUCCGCGGGACCUGGCCGAGGCCUACAAGGGCCCCCUGAAGCUGAAGCCGGCCCACGAGGGCCUGGUGGCCACGGUGAAGGAGGCUGGCCGCUCCAUCCACGAGAUCCCCCGCGAGGAGCUGCCUCUGGCCCCGCGGCCGCUCAAGGAGGGUUCCAUCACGCAGGGCACCCCGCUCAAGUACGACACCGGCUCAUCCUCCACCAGCUCCAAGAAGCAUGACGUUCGCUCCAUCAUCGGCAGCCCCGGCCGGACCUUCCCGCCCGUGCACCCGCUGGACGUGAUGGACGCGCGGGCGCUGGAACGCGCCUGCUACGAGGAAAGCCUGAAGGGCCGGCCGGGGGUGGUCAGCGGCUCGGGGGGCUCCAUCACCCGGGGCGCCCCCGUCAUCGUGCCUGAGCUGGGCAAGCCACGGCAGAGCCCCUUGACCUACGAGGACCACGGGGCACCCUUCACUGGCCACCUGCCACGAGGCUCACCCGUGACCACCCGGGAACCCACGCCACGCCUGCAGGAGGGCAGCCUCUCCUCCAGCAAGGCGUCCCAGGAUCGGAAGCUAACGUCCACACCCCGUGAGGUUGCCAAGUCCCCGCACAGCUCUGUGCCCGACCACCACCCCCACCCCAUCUCACCCUACGAGCACCUCUUCCGGGGCGUGAGCGGAGUGGACCUGUACCGCGGCCACAUCCCCUUGGCCUUCGACCCCACGUCCAUCCCCCGCGGCAUCCCCCUUGAUGCAGCAGCCGCUGCCUAUUACCUGCCCCGGCACCUGGCCCCCAACCCCACCUACCCGCACCUGUACCCGCCUUACCUCAUCCGCGGCUACCCGGACACGGCAGCGCUGGAGAACCGCCAGACGAUCAUCAACGACUACAUCACCUCGCAGCAGAUGCACCGCGAUGCGGCCACCGCCAUGGCCCAGCGCGCCGACAUGCUGCGGGGCCUGUCCCCGCGCGAGUCCUCGCUGGCGCUCAACUAUGCAGCCGGCCCGCGAGGCAUCAUCGACCUGUCCCAAGUGCCACAUCUGCCCGUGCUGGUGCCCCCAACACCAGGCACGCCAGCCACCGCCAUGGACCGCCUGGCCUACCUCCCCGCCGCACCCCAGCACUUCAGCAGUCGGCUCAGCAGCUCCCCACUCUCCCCAGGGGGUCCCACUCACUUGACAAAACCCGCCACCACACCCUCAUCCGAGAGGGAGCGGGAGCGAGACCGUGAUCGGGAGCGCGAACGGGAGCGGGAGAAGUCCAUCCUCACGUCCACCACGACGGUGGAGCACGCACCCAUCUGGAGACCUGGUACAGAGCAGAGCAGCGGAGGCGGCGGUGGGGGUGGGGCCAGCAGCAGCAGUCGCCCCGCCUCCCACUCCCACCAGCACUCGCCCAUCUCGCCCCGGACCCAGGACGCCAUCCAGCAGAGGCCCAGCGUGCUGCACAACACGAGCAUGAAGGGCAUCGUCACCUCCGUGGAGCCCAGCACGCCCACAGUCCUGAGGUCCACUUCCACCUCCUCGCCUGUCCGCCCAGCCGCCACAUUCCCACCCACCACCCACUGCCCGCUGAGCAGCACCCUGGACGGCGUCUACCCCACCCUCGUGGAGCCCAUCCUGCUGCCCAAAGAGGCCCAGCGGGUCAGCCGGCCAGAGAGGCCCCGCGGGGAUGCCGGGCACGCCUUCCUCGCCAAGCCCCAGGCUCGGGUGGGGCUGGAGCCCGCCUCUUCCCCGGGCAAGGGCUCGGAGCCCCGGGCCCUGGCGCCGCCCAGCUCCGGCCACGCGGCCAUCACCCGCGUCCCGGCGAAGACCCUCGCUCCCCACCACGCCAGCCCGGACCCGCCCGCGCCGCCCGCGCCGGCCGCCGACCUGCACCGGGAAAAGACUCAAAGUAAACCCUUUUCCAUCCAGGAGUUGGAACUCCGUUCACUGGGUUACCAUGGCGGCAGCUACAGCCCCGAUGGGGUGGAGGCCGUCAGCCCCGUGAGCUCUCCCAGCCUGACCCAUGAGAAGGGGCUCCCCAAGCACCUUGAGGAGCUCGACAAGAGCCACCUGGAGGUGGACCUGAGGCACAAGCAGCCAGGCUCUGGGAAACUGGGUGGCGAGGCCGCACACCUCCCGCACCUUCGGCCGCUGCCCGAGAGCCAGCCCUCCUCCAGCCCGCUGCUCCAGGCCGCCCCCGGGGUCAAAGGGCACCAGCGGGUGGUCACCCUGGCUCAGCACAUCAGUGAGGUCAUCACGCAGGACUACACGAGGCAUCACCCGCAGCAGCUCAGCGCCCCCCUCCCCACGCCCCUCUACUCCUUCCCCGGAGCCAGCUGCCCCGUCCUGGACCUCCGCCGCCCCCCCAGUGACCUCUACCUCCCGCCCCCGGACCACGGCGCCCCAGCCCGUGGCUCCCCGCACAGCGAGGGGGGCAAGAGGUCUCCAGAGCCGAGCAAGACGUCAGCCCUGGCCAGCAGUGAGGACGGCAUCGAGCCUGUGUCCCCACCAGAGGGCAUGGCAGAGCCCGGGCAUCCCCGGAGUGCCAUGUACCCUCCGCUGUACCGGGACGGGGAGCCGGUGGAGCCCAGCAGGAUGGGCUCCAAAUCUCCAGGCAACACCAGCCAGCCGCCAGCCUUCUUUAGCAAGCUGACCGAAAGCAACUCCGCCAUGGUCAAGUCUAAGAAACAGGAGAUUAACAAGAAGCUGAACACCCACAACCGGAACGAGCCAGAAUACAAUAUCGGCCAGCCUGGGACAGAGAUCUUCAACAUGCCUGCCAUCACCGGAGCAGGCCUCAUGACCUGCCGAAGCCAGGCCGUGCAGGAGCAUGCCAGCACCAACAUGGGGCUGGAGGCCAUUAUUAGAAAGGCGCUCAUGGGCGGCGGCGGGAAAGCCAAAGUCUCUGGCAGACCCAGCAGCCGAAAAGCCAAGUCCCCGGCCCCAGGCCUGGCCUCUGGGGACCGGCCACCCUCCGUCUCUUCGGUGCACUCAGAGGGUGACUGCAGCCGCCGGACACCGCUUACCAACCGCGUGUGGGAGGACCGGCCCUCGUCUGCAGGUUCCACACCGUUCCCCUACAACCCCCUGAUCAUGCGGCUGCAGGGCGGUGUCAUGGCCUCCCCACCCCCACCGGGCCUCCAGGCCGGCAGUGGGCCCCUCGCCGGCCCCCAUCACGCCUGGGACGAGGAGCCCAAGCCGCUGCUCUGCUCGCAGUACGAGACACUGUCUGACAGCGAGUGACCGUCAGCAUGGGGUGGGGUGGCACCAGGGCCCAGCCAGCACCCUGAGCGGCCAGGUGAGGAGCGGGCGGCUGCCGACUCCCCUGAUUGAAGAAGGAGCCCCCGAGUCUGCCUGUGCGUCCGUCUGUCCAUCCGUCCGUCCAGAGCCGGCAUCCUUGCCUGUCUAAAGCCUUAACUAGGACUCCCGCCCCGGGCUGGCCCUGUGCAGUGACCUUACUCAGGGGAUGUUUACCUGGUGCUCGGGAGGGGAGGGGCCGGGGAGGCGGCGCAGCCAGCGUGUGGUGGCCACACGUGGAAGCUGGGAUGGCCAGGGACCCAAAGCAGGAUGACCACGCACCUCCCACGCCACUGCCUCCCCCCCUUAACGCAUUUGGAACCAAAGUCUAAACUGAGCUAGCAGCCCCUGCGCCCUUCCUCCGCCCCACCCCGCUUAGCGCUCUGGGCAGGAGGACGUGGCCCUGUCCAGCCCCCAGCGCGCUCGUCCCGGUCCCCACGGGCUGCCCCAGCCACCGAGACUGCUGGAAACCAAUUCAGGCCGGACGGGCGGGCGAAAGGGCCGGGUGCGGCCUGGGGCGAGCACUGCUCGGGGAGCUGGACGUUGUCCCCACACUUCGUUGCCGCAGCCGUGGGAAGGAAGGCAGGUGUAAAUGAUGUAUUGGUUUACAGGGUAUAUUUUUGAUACCUUCAAUGAAUUAAUUCAGAUGUUUUACGCAAGGAAGGACUUAACCCAGUAUUAUUGCUGCUGUGCUUUCGAUCUGCUUACCGUUCAAGAGGCGUGUGCAGGCCGUCGGG